UUUUUGUAUCUUUUCGGUGUUCAGCACUUUGAAUCAAAUCAUAUGGCUAAUUCACUCCACACUUGUUCAUCUUCAUCCACCACUACUGCUCGUCUAAACCUCAGAGCUCCAUCUCUCGCAUUAUCCGAUUCUCCGGGUUCGGAUUCCGGUCUCAGAUCCAUAUCAUUUCCUCUCAAGUCUUUGAAAUUCUCGACAAGACAAGUAAUAAAACCACCGCAUAGAACAACAACAAAGUUGGUAGUAAAAGCAACGGAAGUAGAUAUCUCUCUAAGCCCAAAAGUCAAUUCCAUUAAGCCUUCCAAAACGAUAGCCAUAACUGACCAGGCCACAGCUCUCGUUCAAGCUGGUGUCCCCGUUAUUCGCUUAGCUGCUGGUGAACCUAAUUUCGAUACUCCUGCUCCUAUAGCUGAGGCCGGGAAGAAUGCGAUUCGUGAAGGAUACACAAGGUACACACCGAAUGCCGGGACUGUAGAAAUCCGGCAAGCCAUUUGUCACAAGCUGAAGGAGGAAAAUGGGAUCUCAUACACGCCUGAUCAGAUUUUGGUUAGCAAUGGAGCCAAGCAGAGUACCGUGCAAGCCGUCAUGGCAGUUUGUUCGCCUGGAGAUGAGGUUAUAAUUCCAGGUCCAUUUUAUGUAAGUUACCCAGAAAUGGCAAGGAUGGCUGAUGCAAAACCUGUGAUUCUUCCAACAAAAAUCUCUGAAAAUUUUCUUUUGGAUCCAAAGGCCCUUGAAUCCAAACUCACAGAAAAGUCAAGACUGCUUAUUCUUUGUUCUCCAUCCAACCCAACAGGAUCUGUUUACCCCAAGAGAUUGCUGGAAGAGAUUGCUCAAAUCGUAGCAAAGCAUCCCCGGCUUCUGGUGCUGUCUGAUGAAAUUUAUGAACACAUAAUUUAUGCUCCAGCAACUCAUACGAGCUUUGCUUCUUUGCCAGGCAUGUGGGAGAGGACUUUGACAGUCAAUGGAUUUUCGAAGACCUUUGCGAUGACUGGUUGGAGACUUGGUUAUCUUGCUGGUCCAAAACACUUUGUGUCGGCAUGUGGAAAGAUCCAGAGUCAGUUCACUUCAGGAGCUAGUAGUGUAUCACAGAAAGCAGGAGUUGCCGCACUAGGACUGGGUUAUGCUGGUGGGGAAGCUGUUUCUAUUAUGGUAAAAGCAUUCAGGGAGCGUCGGGAUUUCUUGGUUAAAAGCUUUGGAGAAUUGGAAGGUGUCAAGAUAUCAGAACCCAAGGGAGCUUUCUAUCUCUUCAUUGAUUUCAGCUCUUACUAUGGAACUGAGGCUGAAGGAUUUGGUAAAAUUGAUAAUUCAGAGUCCCUCUGCCGAUAUUUGCUGGACGAGGGUCAGGUUGCACUAGUCCCAGGAGAUGCAUUCGGGGAUGACAGCUGCAUCCGUAUUUCUUAUGCAGCAUCCCUCACAACCAUUAAGGCAGCCGUAGAGAGAAUUAAGAAAGCACUUCUCCCUCUGAGGCGGGCCGUCCCUGUUUGAUGUAGAUAAUUACUCUACUACUAGUUGUUCCUUUCUUAGCUUCCAAAAUGUUUAUUGCAAUAAUUAGUUUGGGGAAAAAGGAUGACACGUCGGUCAUCUUGAUUCAAUUGCCUUUUUUUUUUUUUUUUUUUUGGCUCCAGCUGGAGUUUGUAUUUGAUGGUAAAAGUGCAAAAGUGGAUAAACUUGGACAUUGGCUUUGUAUGACGUUUUCAGUGAUGUAUCAAAAAUGUUUAUAAUGAUGUAAUUGAAAAGUAAUUGAAUAAAAUUCAGGUUGUGUGUGACACUGCCAUGCCAUCGUUGGCAAUUGGCGUUUUCUUGUUU